AUGGAGAAGAAAAAGGGGACAUCAGGUGCACAUGUCCUAGAAGACAAUGAGGACAUGGAUAUCCUCACAGAGAUUCUGAUCUCCAACAACGGCUCCAAUGAGAUCCUGCUGGAGGGAGACUUGCUUCUACCAACAACCAGAAACGCCAUGAAGUGUUUUAGGAACAACUGCCUGUGGAAAAAAUCCUCCAAUGGCCUUGUGACCAUUCCCUACACAGUGAGCAGAGCCUACACCUCCGCGGAGAGGUCACGAAUUGUGAGCGCCAUGCAGUCCUUCCACCGGACCACCUGCAUCCGCUUUGUGCCCCGCCAGAACCAGAAGGACCACAUCAGCGUUCAGAGCGGAGGUGGAUGCUACUCCUCUCUGGGCAGGACAGGAGGCAGGCAGGUACUCUCUCUCAAGAGAUCGGGAUGCAUGAACUUCGGCACCAUGCAGCACGAGCUGAACCACGCUCUGGGCUUCAACCACGAGCAGACCAGGAGUGACCGUGACCAGUAUGUCAGGAUAAACUGGAGGAACAUCAAUCGAAGCAAUGUCUACAACUUCAAGAAGCAGGACACCAACAACCUGAACACCCCCUACGAUUACUCCUCCAUCAUGCACUACGGCAGAACAGCCUUCUCCAUAAAUGGACGUGACAGCAUCACCCCCAUCCCAAACUCCCGUGUUCGGCUUGGCCAGAGAAAGGGAAUGACCCGGAAUGACAUCCUGAGGAUCAACCGACUCUAUCGCUUGUUAAAACCACCAACCAUUUGCCUGCAAACAUCAAAUUGAUGUUGUUUCUCACCAAAAUAUGUUCUCCUGAUAUGUUUCAUUAAAAAUGUCGCUUCA